AUGAUCAACCAGAGUAUCCCAGAAGGCUUUAUUUUGCUUGGUUCCUCUGAAUGGCCCCAACUGGAAAUGGUUCUUUUCUGGACUGUGAUCCUCUUAUACAUCAUGAUCAUCCUCUCCAACUCAACUAUCAUCCUGCUUUCCUCUCUGGACCCUUGGCUCUACAAUCCCAUGUAUUUCUUUCUUAGCAACCUUUCAUUCUUGGAUCUCUGUUUUGCCACAAAUGCUGUACCCCAGAUGUUGUUGAACUUGUGGAGGUCAGACAAAAGCAUCACCUACACAGGUUGUGUCAUCCAGCUCAGUGUGAUACUCUGUCUUGGUGCCACUCAAGGAGUCAUGUUAGUGGUGAUGGCUCUGGACCGCUACGUGGCUAUCUGCCAGCCUCUGCGCUACACCAUCAUCAUGCACCCUCCACUCUGUUGGAAGCUGGUGCUCAUGUGCUACUUGUGUGGACUGAUGGAAUCUGCUACUCAAACUCCCAUCACCUUCCAACUGCCCUUCUGCACUCACCACCAGCUGGAUGACUUUCUCUGUCAGGUCCCUGCCCUCAUACGCCUGUCCUGUGGAGACACAUCUAUAACUGAGAGGCAGAUGACCAUUUCUGCUGUCCUCUUCACCAUCCUGCCGGUGGGACUGAUCCUGACUUCUUAUGGCUACAUAGCCCAAGCUUUAAGGAAAAUGCAGUCUAGCACAGGAAAGCAGAAGGCCAUUGCCACCUGCUCCUCCCACCUCAUUGUUGUCUUCAUAUUAUUUGGGACAGUGGCCAUGGUUUACACAGACCCUAAGAACCAAUUUGCUUCAAAACAUGGCAAAUUUUUAACUUUCUUCUUUACUGUAGUCACACCAUUUUUAAACCCUCUCAUUUAUACCCUGCGCAACAAAGAAGUAAAGGAUGCCCUGAAAAGACUGUUGAGAAAAGGGAUGAGCACAAGAAACAAGAAGAAUUUGAUAUUCUGA